GAGACGAGACCAUCAUUUUGUCUUUUGAAUCUCAAGGAAGAUGCAGCUCUCAAAAUGCACUGAAUCAACCUAAAACUACCAGGCUUUGAAGCAAGAGAUGGAGGACCAUGAUGAAAGCAGUGAUGUUAAAAGGAAUACAAGAACAUACAAUGAUAAAGAAGAACAAGAAGAAGAAGAAGAAACUGAAAGUCACAUUAGAUUCACUGAUGUAGGCCCGCACUCAGUACGCUUAGAAUGGGGAGAUCCAGAUACGGCUGCAAAUGGACGACAAAAAUUCCAGAUCGAAUGGAAGAAUGAAGAAAAAGAUUAUACUAAAACAACACAUGAAAACCACUUUGAGAUAAAACAGCUUUCGCCUGGCACAAGUUAUAACAUCACGGUAGUGGCGAUUGAGAAAAAGAAGAGUUUCUCUGCAUCUGUGCGCACAGCAAUACCAGGACCUGAGAAUUUUGAAUAUGUGUCAGAGGAUGCAACAACUGUUCAGUUAAAUUGGACACCACCUCAAAAAAUGGAUCCCAGUCUCUACAAAUUCCAAGUGAUUAUGUAUAAAAAUGAAGAGAAAACAGAAUCAGUCACUGUGAAAUCAAAUGAAAAAAACAUUUUAAUAGAAGAUCUUCUUCCUGCUACUGAAUACAAAGCUACAAUAAACACGAUACUGAAUAAUGGCAAACAGAGUGAUCCAGCCGCUUUAAUCAUCCACACAAAGCCACUCCCACCUGAAAACAUACAGAUCAAAAAUGAUGCAACUUCAGUUUAUCUGAAAUGGACUGAUCCUAUCAUUGAUGACAACAUUCCUCAUGGAUUCAGGGUGAUGUGGAGAAGUGAAUCCGAUGCAAUGGAAUCGUUUACAGAUGAGGCAGAGUUAAAUGUGUCGAGUUUAAAACCAGGAACUGAAUAUUCCUUCUCUGUCUGCACUAUAGUUGAGUUAAAUGGCACAACACUUGAGAGUACUCCGGUUAAAAUCACACAUCGCACAAACAUAAAUAUGGAAUCUGUGUUAAGAGAACUGGGACUACAAAACCACUUGAAGAAUAAACUGACUUUACAGUCUGUGUUGGAAUUAAAGAAACCAUCAGAUGAGGACCAAACUGCACAUAGUCUCAGAUCUUUGCCAUGGCUUUUCCUCAGAAAGCUCAUGAUGGUCAAUUCAUCAGCCAGAAUUAUAAAAUGUGCUUCAAAAACAACUAACUCUGGUAACUCUGGUUUCUAUGAAGAUCAGCAAGGAAUCAAUCCGCUAGAUUUGAUCACAGCUCUGUUCCACUGUGCCGAUCCUUUCCUACAGCAAGAAAUGGCUCUAAAAAUGUCAAUGUGUCAGUUCUCUGUGCCUUUGCUGCUGCCAAACUGUGACACAAAUGAGUGCACUCUGAUGCUUUGGGCCUUGAGGGACAUAACAAAGCAGUUUAGAUCUUAUUCAUUGGAUGAGGACAGUUUGGAGGAAAACAGUAUUGUGUUAACUGAUUUGCCCCUGAUCUCUUUCGUCAGACUAGGAAAAAGCAGUGUGUCCAAAUCUGAGUUUUUGAACAAACUCCUCAGCAACAAUCAGCAUCAUCAUGACACGUUUUUCCACAAGGAACUGGAAAAUGGGAACAUUCCAAGAAAGAUCUCUAAUGGUCUUGUUGAAAUGAGCUGGUAUCUCCCUGGGGGAAAGAAAACUAAUGACAAAUUUAAAGAGCCAGUAGCUGUAGCUAAUCUCCGUGGGGAUAUUUCUGACUUUAAGGCCCAAUUCACCUUCUUGAGCCAAACAUCCUCUGCAGUUUUUCUGUUCUGUGAUGAUUUGGACUCAAAUCAGACAUUUCUGCAAUCGCUGCAAAUUAAAUCAAAAUUGGUUCUGAUUUGCACCACAGACAGUUCAACAUCAGAAGACAAUUUGACAACAAAGUUCAAACCAUACUCAAAAAUCCUUAGGGAUAGAAACAUGAAUGAUUUUAAGUUUGUUGAUACACUACAGAAAGCUGUUGUUGAUAUACUUGCAGAUUCAACUAAAAUGAGUAUUGAAAAGAUGUCAAAGAUCGCACCAGAUCUGGGGAUUCUUGUCGAUGAAAACAAUCCCAUCUGUCAAAAUGCAAAGAAAAGGGCAGACCUGAUCACACAAGACAUCACAAAUAUACCAGAAUACAAAAUGAAGGAACUGUCAUUGCAAGGCAAACUAUGGAAAGAGUUAUCCAAACUGGAGAAAGAGAUGUGUCGACUCAAAGCAAAGAAACAAAACAUUGAGCACUACAAGAGUGAACUUAAAAGUCAAAUCCAGAAACUACAAAAGCAACAAGGAAGCAACGACAUGAGAGAAGCAAUGUAUCAAUUCAUCUCUGGCCUGAGCUGCUCCCCAGAAGAGCAGUUAUAUUUUCUCAAAUGGAUGAAAAUAAAUUUAGAUCAUCUAACAAGAAAGCACCAGUCAAGGCUUGAUGAGCAGUAUAGGGAAGUAUGUAAUAAUCCCAAAGAAGAUAAAGAUAAAGAUCUCAGAGAUCUGGAAAAUGAGAUUGCCAGCAGCUCUUUAGGAGUCCAACACUUCAUGAGAGAGUUGAGUCAACUCUAUGAAUCAACACACUCCCAAAAAAAUAAGAAGCACACUGCCCUGAAGAAGCUGCCAGAAAUGUGUGCUCAAUUGAUGCUGACUGGGUUUCCUCUAGAACUUAUUGAUGGAGACGCAUCAAACAUUCCAUUGACGUGGAUUAGAGAUGUGCUCACAGCACUUAACAAACUGACAGCACCUCACAACAGGAUACGAGUUGUUACAGUUUUAGGAGUUCAAAGCACUGGGAAGUCUACUCUCCUCAACACAAUGUUUGGAAUUCAGUUUGCUGUUAGCAGUGGAAGAUGCACAAGAGGCGCCUUCAUGCUUCUAAUAGGCGUAUCUGAGGAAUUCAGAUCAGAGCUUCAAUGUGACUAUAUCCUUGUGAUUGACACAGAGGGGUUAAAAUCUCCAGAGUUGGCGAAACUAGCUGAUAGUUAUGAGCAUGAUAAUGAACUUGCGACUGUGGUUGUUGGGCUUAGUGAUAUUACUAUUGUCAACAUUGCCAUGGAAAAUGCUACUGAAAUGAAAGACACUUUGCAAAUUGUUGUCCAUGCCUUUCUCCGCAUGAAAGAGGUGGGGAAAAGGCCCUGUUGUCAUUUUGUGCAUCAAAACACUGCAGAUGUUGCUGUGUAUGAAAAGACCUUGAGAGAGAGAAAGAUUCUUUUGAAACAACUAGAUGAAAUGACACAAGCAGCUGCUAAAAUGGAGAAAAUUGGCAACAAGAAAUUUACAGACAUUCUAGAGUAUAACAUUGAUGGAAACAAUUGGUACAUACCUGGAUUGUGGCUUGGAGUUCCCCCAAUGGCACCUGUUAGUACCGGUUACAGUGAGGAGGUGAGUAAGUUGAAAGAUGGGAUACUUAACAUUUUUAAAGCAACAAAAGUCCCAGCACAGAAUUUCAUGGAAUUUGAAGAAUGGAUACGAAGUCUCUGGAAGGCUGUCCAGUUUGAAAACUUUAUUUUCAGUUUUCGCAACAGCCUCAUCGCUGAAGCCUACUCCAAACUUUGUGUUGAGUUUAACACUUGGGAAUGGGCCUUCAAGAAGCAUAUGAUUGGCUGGUACACAAAAUCUGAAACCAAAAUCAAUAACUUGAGUGCAAUGUCAGUGCGGUCAAGAAACACACUUAAUGUUGACACAGUAGUGGCUGAUUUGAAACAUGAAGCUACUAAAGAGCUUGACAAAGAGGAGGAAAGACUUUUAGGUAAAAUACAGCAGUACUUUGAAAGCGAGGAUGAAAAUGUUCAUCUUGUUGAAAAUUACAGGGAGGACUUUGUAAAUAGUGCAAAGGGCCUUCGAAGGGAGACUGAGACAGAUCUACGAAACAAACUGGAGAAUGCUGCUUUGAUACAGAAGGGAAUUGAAAAGGUUGAGGUUAUUAGACAAAAUCAAAGGGAUACCAUGAAAGAAAAAGUGCUUGACUUGAUCAGCGCUUGCAGGAAUUCAAGAAACAACCUCUCUGAUAGUCAACUAAAUGAGGAAUUUAAAAAAAUGUGGGAUGACAUUGUGAAGCAGUUCUCCCUCACAGCUCUGCCAAGUUGUGAUUUGGGGAAGGAAACAUAUAGUUUCUUACACAGUAACUUGGAAACAAAAGGUGGAGCCGUACGUGAGAUUCUAUUAAAUAUCACUAGUCUAGAUGAGUGUGGCACUGGUCCUUUUUAUGCAACGACUGUAAAAACGAAUAUAUUUAAAAAACUCAAGAAUUCCCUUAAGCCUGGACAGAGGAAUAAAAAACACAAAUUCAUACAAAUGUCAUGCGACAGAAUAAUAAAUGAGAGCAAAGUAUUAAUUUCGUCUAAAACAACAGUAAAAUCAGACUAUAGUGCUGAAAUACAAGAACUGUUGUGCUUCAUUGACAAGAAACUGGAAGACUGCAAGGAUACAGAGAUAAGUCCUGAAAUCGAAGCAUCUCUCAAGAUCCACAUUUGCGGGAUUGCAGCAAGAGCUUUCCAGAAAAUGCAUGAUGACUACAUACAGAGAACUGACCCUUUGACAUCUCUGGAAAGGUUCAAGGAGCAAUGGUUAGCUGACUUUAAAGACCUCUACUACCAACGAGACCAGUGUCAGAACAAGGCAGAGAUGUGUGCCAUGCAAUGCUUCGCCCCUGCUGUGAUGGAUUACAUCCGGAAACUUCUUGGACCUGAUAUUGUGGAUGAAAUGUUGACAGGCAAAAUUGGCUUUGCUUUUACCACACGGUCAUUUUUCCAGUGUUCACUUUUAAAAAAGCUGCUUCAGGAUGAAGACUUCGAAAAUAUUUUGGGUUAUGCGGAAAACUAUGAGAAGUUUGUAACUGAAUGGAUUUCAGAGAAGAUCAUUGAACAUUUUUCAAAGGAUGAUGCUUUUCUGAAGUUAGAGAUGAAACAUUUGAACGCAAUUGUCAGCAAACUCGAAACAGCUAUUGAAAGUGCAAAAAGUAUGACAAACAACAGCAACAAUUUUGUUACCAAUGUCUUCAAAUGUCUUGAUAAAGAGUUAGUCAUACCAAUUGACACCCUCAAUGCAACUCUGGCUUUAAACAACUCGGACCCUGCUGAGUUUGCAGAUUGCCUUAAAUCAUCUUUAGACAAAAUGCAUCAGGCCUUAGCAGAUCAGCUACGUAGUGUAAAAGAUGUAACGGUCAAGCUAACGAGACUCUCGGUGAACAGACCAGAGGUCCUCUUCAGCAGAGUGUUUGGCUGUGGGAAAAAGUGUCCAUUCUGCAAAGCACCUUGUGAAGCUGGAGGAAAAGAACAUACUGAACAUUUUGUCUCAGUUCAUCGGCCACAGGGCAUUGGUAACUACAGUUGGGUUAAAACAAAAAAAUUAAUCCCUGACAUAUGCUCAUCUCUUGUUGCUAGUGAAAUGGUGUUCCGCCAUCAAGACACAGGAAAUGAGUGGUAUCCAUAUAAGGAAUACAGACAAUUCUAUCCAGACUGGAGGAUUCAGCCUGACACUAGUAUUGAGGCCACUGACUUCUGGAAGUACAUCUUUGCUAAGUACAACACAAAAUUUGCCAAGAUAUAUAACUUAAAACCAGCUGACAUACCUCGUGAUUGGUAUAACAUCUCUGUACAUCAGGCAAAUAAAUGCUUGGAUGAUAUAUUCUUAUUGAAUUCACACAAAAAUAAUGAAGAUGGUGAAUAUCAGUAAAUAACACAAGUAGAGGCGAAACAGAGAAGUAAAGAAAUCACUGACCAGGCCAUUAAGCCUGUAAGCAUAAGAUUUACAGAUGUACAGUAAUUUUCCUGAAGUGAUGAAAUGAAGAAAUAUGCAUUGGAAUCAGUAAUAGAGCUUUCAAUUUUUUUGUGCCAUUUUCUAAAGUAUGUAACCACAAUAUUGGUUAACAAAGAAAAACAUUUUUAUUUUAUUUUUAUAUUACUAUCAAACAUUGUUUGAAUGAAACAAAAUGAAUGACCUUUUGUAACAUGGUUGACAGUUACUUACUGUGUCUUUGUACCAUAUCAGGCUUUAGAGGAGCUGAGAGAUUUCUCACUGCACUGUAAAUACACUGACUCUGGCAAAUCUUAUACACUGUGUUAAUGUAAAGUUUAAAAUGUUUUAUGAUUUUACAUUUGACAUUAUAAUGUGUGUACUUCAUGUUAAAAAAAACAAGUAUGACUGAAUAACAAUGAAAAACAUAACCAUUUACUGAAUAUAAUAAUAGAAAUAUACUUAGAAAGAAAAACAAUAAAGCUCU